ACAGCGCUCUUUCUCUCAGCCUGAGAACGCAGAGCCAUCCGCCAAUGUUUUUAAGCAGGCUGAGGUUACCUAGCAGUGAAAUCCAAUCCACGCUUACCUGUAACGGACAGUCAGGUGGAAAUUACGCCAACCCCAAGACUUAAUCCGUUAGGUUUGUUUCUUUUUACGCACAUUUCAUUUGGCCGAAAGAAGCGAUGUCAGGCGGCUGCGGGCGGAAUCCUCCUCCUUUCCCUGAUAAUGAAGAUCAGGAGGCGGAAUUAGACGCUCGGGUGCUGGACAGCGACGAGGAUGAUGAUGAUGAAGGCGAGGACAUAUUCACCGGCGCGAGAAGUAAACCGAUCACACCCACAUCAGCUCCUGAUGAAGGAGAUAUCUUCAGCGAGGAGGGCUCGUACAUCAGGAGCGAUGUCCAUCACGCCACUAAUGGCCUGCACUCUGAUGAAGAGCUGGAUCUGUUCACUGAGGCCACCGUAGAGCUGACACUCACCAACACCACUAGUCAAGGCAGGAGAGAGAUUAUUGGCCCGACCGCAUCGGCUUGCAACACCACACAUGUCCCGAAUUCCGUUCUCAAACCCAGUAUUGUCACCAAGACCAUGGAGGAGUUGGACGAGGAAGAGAGUGGAGACCAGUUCGAGCUGAACAUUUCAGUCACUAAUCCAGAGAAAAUUGGAGAUGGCAUGAAUGCCUACAUGUCUUACAAAGUGUCGACUCAGACUACACUGCCCAUGUUCCUUAACAAGACGUUCUCCGUGCGUCGGCGUUUCAGUGAUUUUCUGGGACUUUAUGAGAAGAUAUCGGCCAAACACUCUCUGCUGGGCUGCAUCAUUCCACCUCCACCUCAGAAGAGUGUAGUGGGCAUGACUAAAGUGAAGGUAGGGAAGGAGGAUUCAUCCUCAGCGGAGUUUGUGGAAAAGAGAAGAGCUGCACUGGAGAGAUAUUUACAGAGAGUAGCGGGUCAUCCAUCACUGUUGCAGGACCCGGAUGUUCGAGAGUUUUUAGAGCGAGACGAGUUGCCCAGGGCCGUGAAUACUCAGGCUUUGAGCGGACCUGGCUUCCUAAAGAUGAUAAACAGAGCAUCGGACGCAGUGAAUAAGAUGACCAUUAAAAUGAAUGAAUCGGAUAAUUGGUUUGAGAGUAAGCUGCAGGAAGUGGAGAACGAGGAGCAGCUGCUGAGGAGGCUCCAUGCUGCCGUUGACUCAUUAGUAAACCACAGGAAAGAGUUGUGUAGUAACACAGCGGUGUUUAGUAAGAGUGUGGCCAUGCUGGGCAGCGUGGAGGAGAACUCCGCCUUAUCUCGUGCGCUGUCGCAGCUGGCGGAAGUGGAGGAUAAGAUGGAGCAGCUGCAUCAGCAACAGGCCUUCAGCGAUUUCUUCAUCCUUGCUGAGCUCCUGGCCGAUUACGUCAGACUGCUGGGGGCCGUGAGGUGCUGUUUCGAGCAGAGGAUGAAAGCGUGGCAGCGUUUGCAGGAAGCUCAGAGCACAUUGCAGAAGAAACGAGAAGCUGAGGCCAAACUGCUCUGGGCGAACAAACCAGAGAAGCUGCAGCAGGCUAAAGAUGACAUAAACGAGUGGGAGUCUAAAGUCAGUCAGUAUGAGAGAGAUUUCGAAAGAGUCACCUGUACUGUGCGUAAAGAAGUGCUCAGAUUUGAGAAAGAGAAAGCCAGAGAUUUCAAACAGCACAUAGUGAAAUACCUGGAGUCCCUGCUUCACACGCAGCAUAGGCUGGUGAAGUGUUGGGAGGCCUUCCUGCCCGAGGCCAAAGCCAUCGCCUGAUCGGGGCCUUACCUCACACGCUUCUAACCUUUGACCUUGACAACAGACAAUCAACAUUUCUCUCUUCCUAUUUCCUUUGCUCUCUGUGUGUGAAAAAAACAUGUACAUCUCAAUACUCAUCCAUAGAUAAGCAGAUCCCCAGGUUGUGAUGGUAAACCAGUGCAGUGACCCAUAUCACUGUUGACAGCUGAAAGUGUAAAGGUUAAAGGUCAGAGCGGCAUUAAGAAAGAACAGCUGUGUGUGGGACGCAGAAAGAAUAUUUUUGUAUGUGUGCACGUAUGUAUGUUAGUGUUAUCCUUAAGGUUUUUAAUGGUGCUUAGCCUGUGUAGUGUUUCAGUAGAGACAUUAAACCGCCUUUAAGAUUGUUGAGUGUCAUUCUGUGUCAUGGAUGCGCACAGGGCUGAGACUGAAGUUUGUAAUCCAUUCCAGAUACUAGAGAAAAACACUUGAGAUGUUCCCGGGGCACUCAACCCAGCCUAACGUUGCACCACAUUUUUAAAAUGAUAACAGAUUUAGAGUAUGAUAUAGGAAGAAAAAAAAAAAAAGAAUGAUUCAGACUACGAAGGGAAAACGUUUGGUGUUAUUUUGUGUUGAUUAGUUUUGACUGAAUUUGUAUGUUCUCCAACAGUUGCACUGAUCUGGACUGGUCCAGAUAAAGGUCUACUUGCAGUACAAGUGUACAAACAUUUCUAUUCUUGUUAAAGCAUACAUUAAUUACAAAGAAAGUUGCAUUUUAGGAGAAUGUGUGAAAAAAAAACAACAACAUUUGUACCGUGUAUGCAUUUAGUCUCUAACGUUUAUGCUCUGCUGGUGUAUUCAUGAUUUCACAAUACCUUGCAGAAACUGGGGCUUCAUUUAUAACAUGCAUCAGAUUUUGAUUCUGUGUCAAAAGCAAGGAACACGUUUGGAUUUAGCAUUGAUUAUGAACUUAAACUCAUAAACCAGUAAUUAAACUUAAUUAAGAACAAUGUCAAGAUAAAUAGGCACAUUUAUAUUAUGUUCCCAAAUGAGCAAUAUUUUCACCACUUUGUGAUGUGCAAUUUGUCACUGCAAUUAGCAAAUUAUAUACUAAUAUAAGGGAUAUUAAUGUGCAUUGUGUAGGUUGUGCUGAUGUAUUUCUUCACAUUGUGCAUGAACUGCAAUUUUAGUAAUGCAUUUAGGGACAUUUUUGUGCAUUGUUGUUACAUCACAAGACCAUUCCAUGCAUGUCUUAUAAAUGGGGCCCCAGGACCGUAAAUGACACAGAUGUUGAAGGGACACCCCCAUAUUGGAAGCAAAGAAAGUUUUUUUUUUGUUUUUUUUUUAAAGCUAGAUUUACACAUAAAACAUUUUGGGUUAUAUAUUCUUGGUAAAAAGCUCUUUUCCUGACACUACACAUGUAUUAUAAGCCUCCAUGUUAACUAUUAACAUGAUGUUAAUGACCUGGUACAUGAAAGAUUGUCUAUUGUUUAAAACAGUUGUCCUGUCAAACUUUAUUUGUAUUUGAUGAAAAUAAAAUAAAAUCAAAAA